AUGAGUGGCGUAUUACCCAAGUAUCACCACUCUUACACUUUCUUCUUCAUUUACAUUCUCUUACUUCAGCUUGGUCAUGUCUUCUCCAUCAAUACUUUAUCCCCCACAGAAACUCUUACGAUCUCAGCCAACCGAACCAUUGUCUCUCCCGGUGAAGUCUUCGAGCUAGGUUUCUUCAAAACCACAACAAGCUCUCAAGGUAAUGAUCGUUGGUAUCUUGGGAUUUGGUACAAGACAAUAUCCGAGAAAACCUACGUUUGGGUUGCUAACAGAGACAAUCCUCUUCGUUUGGUGGUUCAAAUUGCAUAA